AUGAUCGUGGGCACGGGCGUCGGCCUGAUCAUCAAGUACACCUGGGACAAGCGCCUGAUCUUCUCCUACCGGCCGGCCUCACACGCGCACGACUUCAUGACCUUCCUGCUCUAUGCCGCCAUGGGCGUCGCGACGACGGCGAUCUUCUGGGCGGUGGAACUGGCCUUCUGGUACACGUUCCACACGACGACCGAUGCGAUAUGUCGGCGGCGUUAUCGGCCUCGCCAUCGGCUACUGGGCGAAGUACCGCCUCGACAAGCGCUUCGUCUUCGGCUCCCAGCCGUAACCCGCCCCUGCGCCGAUCCAGCCCGACAUGCGCCUUCGCUUCCUGCUCGCCGUUGCAGCCCUUCUGAUCGUCAUCACCGGAAUCGCCGCGGCCUGGUGGGCCGUCGGGUCGCUGGGCAUCGUCACACCCGACAAGAUCGGCGCGUGGCUCGCCGAGACGCGCGGCCAUCCGUGGGCACCGGCCGUCGUGGUGGCGGCGUUCCUGAUCGCAGGCGUGGUGGUCUUCCCGAUCCACGGCGUGAUCCUGGCAACGGCGGCCGUCUUCGGCGGCUGGACCGGUUUCGCCUACUCCGCCAAGAUGGCGAUGGAGGUGAUGAUGAAGCUGCAGCCCGAAAUCGAGAAGCGCAAGCUGAAGCUCAACAAGACCUGAUAGGACGCGACGGGAGCUGCUCCCGUGAUCGAAUGGGCCUUGCGCCUUGCAUGUAA